CGCAGGGCGCCGGCUCUGCCGGAAUCUGCCCUUUCCUGCCUGUCCCUCCUGCCUGCGAAACCCGCCCUGCCUGCCGGGCGAUGCUGGCGUGGGGGCGAGGCGCUCGGCUGCGGCUCUUUCGGUUUAACCGCGCCGAACCGGCAAGCACCGGCGAGGCAGCUCCAGCUGGGACGUGCCGGGAUCCCCUCGGCCGGCGGCGGAUCGGCGUUUUGUCCCGGCGAGGCUCCGUCCUCUCCCGCCGACGCGGCGGGUGACCCCUCAAGGUUACCGACGUGCCGUCGGUACGGCCGUGCCGGUUCUCACCGGGGCGCGGCAGCUUCGGCGAAGGCGGCUCCUCGGCCAGAACCCCGGGGGAAUUCGCUUCAGCUUGGAUUGUAGGUUAAUCCUGGAUUAGGAAGACGGCAAAACCGGCGUUUUCUGGCUGCCACGUGAAGCUCAUCCCAGCGCCGCUGGGCGAAACCGGAGCCGCGGCACAGAGGUAACCGAGGGCUGCCGGUUACCGGAGAUUCCGGCAGCGCUGCCUGUACCUCUGCCUGUCGGCAGCUUUCCGUGCCGGACCAUCGGCUCCUCGGUGAGACCGGAGCGGCGGCGGUUGCUGAAUGACCGGCAAACGCUCACAGAGAGCAGGAAGGCAAAAGCUCGUCGGGAUAAUUAGGUGGCAAACGAGCGUUUGGGAUCGGACCGUCGGGAUUUUUCCGGCCUCGACGCCGGCUUCGCCCCUCCGUGCCUUCGGAUCCGGCUCCGUCCCAAACCGCCGGUGAUCGCUGGGUGCCGGGGACGGAUCGUCGCCCCCGAGGCUUAACGGGACCCUGCGGCCUCCCCCCGCCGGCGAUUUUGGGUGCUAAAACCGGCGUCUGGGAGCACCCGUGGGGGCGGGAGAUGGUCGCGAAGCGCCGAUCCCUGUCUCUGGCGCCUGCGGCGACGCUCCGGGAAAGCACCGGGAUACAGGGAUAAAGCCACGGGGGGCCGCGGGUGAUGCCGGUGAGGGAGCCGGCGGCUCCGUACCCGUUUCCCGGUGGGAUACGCUCCGUUCUCCGACGAAGCUCCUCGCCAUGGCCGAACACCCGGAGCUGCUGGCCGAGAUGCCGGCGGUGGCGCGGCUGAGCACGCCGGAGCGGUUGAAACACGCUCAGAAACGCCGGGCCCAGCAGCUGAAAAAAUGGGCCCAGACGGAGAAGGAAACGCAGGGGACGAAGGUCGGAGCCGAGAGGAAGAGGAGGAGGACGAAGAGCAACAGCCAAGGCAAGAGGGUGACGUUCCCCGACAGCGUCCGGCUGCUGGAGGCGGCUUCCCGGCACGAUGCCGAGGAAGUCCGGCAGUUCCUGCAGAGCGGCAUCAGCCCCGACCUCUGCAACGAGGACGGUCUCACCGCGCUGCACCAGUGCUGCAUCGACGACUACGGCGACGUGGUGACGGUGCUGCUGGAAGCCGGCGCCGACGUCAACGCCCGCGACAGCGAACUCUGGACGCCGCUUCACGCCGCCGCCACCUGCGGUCACCUCCGCCUGGUCCAGCUCCUCAUCCAACGCGGUGCCGACCUCCUCGCCGUCAACUCGGACGGGAACAUGCCGUACGACCUGUGCGAGGACGAGGUCACCCUCGACUGUAUCGAAACCGCCAUGGCGGAACAGGGUAUCACCCAGGAGAAGAUCGAGGAGGCUCGUGCCGCCACCGAGCGCGACAUGGUGCAGGAGAUCCGGCAGCUGGUACAGGCAGGAGCCGACCUGGAUGCGCCGCGGGGACACGGAGCAACGUUGCUUCACAUCGCCGCGGCCAACGGUUACGCGGAGGCGGCCGAGCUGCUGCUGGAGCACCGCGCCGGCAUCGACGCCAGGGACGAGGACGGUUGGGAACCCCUCCAUGCCGCCGCUUGUUGGGGACAGGUGCAGCUGGUGGAGCUGCUGGUGGCUCACGGCGCCGACCUCGACGGGAAAUCGGUGCUGGACGAGACGCCCUUGGACGUCUGCGCGGACGAGGAGGUUCGGGCCAAACUCCUGGAGCUGAAACACAAACACGCCGCCGUCAUGAAAUCCCACGAGAAACACAAAUCCCUGCUCCAGCGUCGCACCUCCAGCGCCGGCAGCCGCGGGAAGGUGGUGCGGCGCGUGAGCGUCUCGGAACGCACCAGCCUUUACCGCAAGGAACACGAGCGCGAGGCCAUCGUCUGGCAACGCGCCGAGCACCGCGACAGCGAGGACGAGGACCGGCAAACGGACGGCGAGCUCCACGGUCACUUGGCCGAUCCCGCGGGCUCGACGCCGACGGAACCCCCCGAUUUGCCGUCGCAACGUAACGGCGCGGCUUUCUAUCCCAAAAAACCGGAACGCGCCGGCGCCGCGGCGGAUCCGGCGGUAGAUCCGGCGCGGGAUAAAACCCACCACACUUUGGCCGACCUCAAACGGCACCGAGCGGCCGCCAAACUCCACCGCCCGCGGCCCGAGGAGCACCCGCGGCCCCAGGAGCACCCGAUCGGGGGGAGCCCGGGUCCCCCUCCGGCGGCGGCACCCGCCGGCGCCACCGGCGACCCCCCCCUCCUCAAGCUGACGGCUCCGGCCGAGGAGGCGCCGGCCGAGAAGCGCCGUUGCUGUAAGGUGAUGUGAACGGCCGCGGCACCCACGGGUGCAGCGCCGGGCACCCCAAAACCCACCCCCCGUGGAGAAAUGGGGAGGGGGGGGGGGUGUGUGCGUGUGUGUCCCAGCGUUACGGCUGGGCGUCGCUUUUGCCUUUUUUUGACUCUUUUCUCCCCGAAACGGGGGUGGUUGUAUUUUCUGACACAAAUCAAAGCUCUCUCGGUUUUGCAC